AAGAAGAUGUAAAGGUCAAAGAAGCCGAAGCGUCAAAAGAAGAGGGGAAGGAGGAGGAGGAGGAAGAAGGUGCGUUGACUCCUCGCCAGGGGUCGUGGGUCGCCUUGCGCUGCUCGCCAUCUCGCUCUCUGUUCUGUGGCCAUGGAACGCUGCUAAGGCUACUUAUUCACUCUAAAAUCCUCUAAAAAUGCCUUAUUCACCAUACUUUGAGUUACUUUAGCGUGAAUGAAUGUGACAGUAGAGUGAAUGAGCGUGUGUCCGGGUCUGGGAGGGGUUGUAAGGGCGGGGGGUGCUGGGGAUGAGGAUGAACGCUUUUUAUUCACUCUGAAAUGCUCUAAAAUGCCUUAUUCUUCAUGCUUUGAGUAUUGUCUAGCAUGAAUGAGCGUGUGAAGUGCGUGUUGGGGCUUGGGAGGGGGAGAGGGCGGGGGAAUAGGGGUGAGGACAGUUAUGUGGCCACAAAAUACUCUUUACUCACUCUGACAUGCUCUAAUAAGGCCUCAGUCUCCAUGCUCCGAGUUUUGUUCAGCGUGAAUGAGUGUGUGAGCGGCUUGCAGGGCCUGGGGGUGAGGGAGGGGGCCUGGCCGGGGGUCGAGACGGUCCGUGGCGUCAAUGUUUGUAAACACCGCCAUGGAGGGCGAGGAGGCCGCGCCGCCCGCCGAGCCGCUCAGGAGGAAGGCGGCCACCGAGGCGACGAUUAACAUGAGCAGGAAGAGUGCGACGCGGAUGAGAAAAGUUUCCUCAAUACUACGCAAGAAGAAUGACUCACUCACCUUAGAUGACAAGCAAGUCUUGGAGGAAAAUGCAGAGCUGGUGGAGGAGUACCACAAGAGACGGGAGAAGCGAGCAGUGUGGCAGUCGCGCAAGACAGAGCAGGAGGACACGACUGACAUCCUCCAGGCCAAGUGUGAGGAGCUGGCACAGGCCAUCCAUGACUCAGAGUUCCUGGUGGUAUACACGGGGGCAGGGAUCUCCACCGCGGCCUCCAUCCCUGACUACCGUGGUCCCAAUGGAAUCUGGACUCUUCUGCAGAAGGGCCAGGACAUUGGGCACCAUGACCUGUCAGCAGCCGAGCCCACCCUCACCCACAUGGCCCUCUCAGCGCUGUACCACCAAGGCAUUGUGCGUCAUGUCGUCUCCCAGAACUGUGACGGCCUCCACCUGCGCUCCGGCCUGCCCAAGACUGCCAUGUCCGAGGUCCACGGGAACAUGUACAUUGAGGUGUGCAUUCACUGUGUGCCGGCCAGGGAGUAUGUCAGGACCAUGGACGUGACCGAGAGGACCUCCACCUUCAAGCACACCACAGGUCGCCGCUGCUACAGGUGUGGUGAGCCGCUGAUCGACACCAUCGUUCACUUUGGGGAGCGCGGGCGGCUGCGGUGGCCCCUCAACUGGCAGGGCGCGUGUCAGGCCGCCAAUGCCUGUGACACCAUCCUCUGUCUGGGCUCCAGCCUCAAGGUGUUGAAGAAGUACCCUUGGCUGUGGCAGAUGGGCCGCCCCCCAAAGAAGAGGCCAAGGCUAUACAUCGUCAACCUGCAGUGGACGCCCAAGGACAAGGACGCCACCCUCAAGAUCAAUGGAAGGUGCGAUGAGGUCAUGGCCCGCGUGAUGAAGGCUCUCGGAUACAAACUCCCUCACUACUCCAAAGCCAGGGACCCUAUCUUCACCCUGGCAACCCCCCUUCACCCUGCCGAGGCCAACACCGCCUCCCGCCCCUGCCUUAUGCCACCUGAAGAAGGGGAUGAAGAGGAGGAAGAGGAAGAGGAGGUGGAGGUUGUUGGUGAUGUAGAGACUUCCAAUGUGGCUUGUCGGGAGGUGGAAGAGGAAAGGAAAGAAAUGAAGCAAGAAGAGACUGAACAUUUACGUGAAAAAGAGAGUAGAAAAAGAAAAUUGGAGAGUGAGAAAAGUGAAGGAAUAGAGAAUAAGGAGAGUGUUAGAAGGGAACAGGAGAGUGCGAGUGAAGUGAAGGAGGAGAAGAAAAGUGUUAAGAAGGAAAUGGAGGGUGUGGAGAGUGAGAUAAAGGAGGAGAGUAAGAUAAGAGAACAAGAUUGUGUGGAGAGGGAAGUUAAGGAGGAGAGUAAGAUAAAGGAAGAAGAUAGUGCAGAGAGGGAAGUGAAAGAGACUGAGAUAAGGAAACAAGAUAGUAAGGAAGUGAAGGAAGAGAAGGAGGAGAGUCAGAUAAGAGAACAAGACGUGAAGGAGGAGAAGGAAGAAAGUGUGAAAAGUGAAAUAGAGGAGGAAAAGAAAGAGACUAAAGCAAGGGAACAAGGAAGUGGGGAGAGGGAAGUGAAGAAGGAGGAGAAAGAGAAGGAGGAGGAAAGAAAGAUGAGAGAACAAGAUAAUGUGGAAAUUGGAGUAAAGAAGGAGGAGGAGGAGGGUAAGAUAAGUGAACAAGAUAGUGUUGAAAGUGAAGUGAAGGAGAGGAAGGAAGAGAGGGGGAGGAGUGAACAAAAUAACCUGGAAAAUGAAAUAAAGGAGGAGGAGGAAGAGAGUAAGGAGAGUAAGAUAAGGGAACGAGAAACGGAAAGUGAUGUGAAGAAAGAAAGCAAGAUAAGAGAACAAGAUAGUGGGGAGAGGGAAGUGAAGGAGGAAGAGGAAGAAAGUAGAAAAAGGAAAUUGGAAAAUGUGGAAAAUGAAGUGGAGGAAGAGAAUGAGGAAAGUGGGAAGAGGAAAUUUGAAAGAAUGGAAAAUGAAGUGGAGGAAGAGAAUGAGGAAAACAGGAAAAGGAAAUUUGAAAGUAUGGGAAAUGAGGUGAAUGGAGAGAAAGAGGAAAACAGGAAAAGGAAAUUGGAUAGCUUGGAAAGGGAGGUGAAGGAGGAAGAGGAAGAGAGUAGGAAGAGAAGAUUAGAGAGCAUAGAAUGUGAAGUAAAGGAGGAGGAGGAGAAGGAGGAGGAGGAAAACAGGAAAAGGAAAUUAGAAAGUGAGGUGAAGGAGGAAAACGAAGAGAGCAGGAAGAGAAAACUAGAAAGCAUGGAAAAGGAAGAAAAUAGAAAAAGAAAGUUGGAAAGUGCGGAAACGGAAGAGACUGGAAAGAGAAAACUAAAUAGCAUAGAAAAUGAGAUAAUUGAGGAAAAGGAAGAGAACAGGAAAAGAAAACUAGACACCAUGGAAAGUGAAGAGAAAUGUGAAGAAAAGGGAACGGAAAGCAGAGACCACACUAACACCAAGCCUAUCAACGGCCUUCACAUAACCUUAAGCGUCGAAAAGUUCCCCUUAUGUCCAGCGCAGGGCGGGAACAUUGGCGUAAAAUAUCUCAAACUCGACAGAAGUGACCCUGAGAGUAACGACCUAGUGGAACCCAAGGAGGAAGUGGAGCAGGAAGUUGAUUUGAUAGACUUAACAGAUGAGGCUGAGGAAGGGAGAGAAGCAGGGACCCUUAGUAACCCAGGCAGCAGGGGGAGAGAUGUGGUUCAGGCAGAUUCAGCAGGGGAAACGUGUAACUCUGAGGGGAAGGGAGGUCAGUUGGUUGCCGCAGAAGAGGUGUGUCGUUUUAUUGAGGAGGGAGACCAGCUAUCCACCACAGAGAAGGAAGUUUGUAGCUUUGAGAGGAAGGGAGACCAAUCAGAUGCCGCAGAAGAGGAGGACCAGCUAUCCACCACAGAGGAGAAGGACGUCUGUACCUCUGAAAGAAAGGGAGUCCAGCUUGGCACCACAGGGAAGAUAUUUAGCAUUAGGGAGGCAGACCAGCUAUCCACCACAGAGAAGAAGGACGUCUGUAGCUCUGAAGGGAAGGGAGACCAUCUUGGCACCACAGUCACAGAGGAGGUGUCCAGCGUUGGGGAGGAUUCAGGGCGGCUAGACACUGCAGAGGAAGAGAUGUGUUGCCCUGAGGAGAAGGGAGGUCAGCAAGGCAUCACAGAAGACAAAGUAGAAAGCCAGCCAAGCACCACAGACAAAGAAGUGUGUAGGCCUAAGGAGGAGGCAGGUCAGCUGGGAGCCACAGAAGAGAUGUGUUGUGUUGAAGAGGAGGGAGGUCAGCCUGGAGCCACAGAAGAGGUGUGUAGCAUUGAGGAGGAGAGAGGUCAGCUGGGCAUCAUAGAAGAGGAGCGAGGUCAGCUGGGAUCCACAGAAGAGGUGUAUAGCGUUGAGGAUGGGGACCGGCUAUCCACCACAGAGGAGAAGGAGGCGUGUAGCUCCACGGAGGAAGGCGGCCAGCUGGGCACCACAGACGAGGAGGAGGAUGUUAGUAGCCUAAAGGAGACAGGCCACCCGGGCACCACAGAUGACGAGGAGCUGAGUAGCCUGAAAGAAGAGAGAGGUCAGUUGGGCACCACAGACGAGGAGGAGGGGAAGAGCGAGCCUCCGGACACCGACGAGGACUUCCACACCUUCGACCUGGACCCCGAGCCCUGGGAAUACGCAGCGGAUGUGGACGUCGCCUCCCUGAAGAGCAGUGCGAGUUGCUGCUCAGACUCGGAGUCCAGCGAGAAGGGGGAAGACUGCCAGACCGAGGACUCUCAGGUGGAGGAUUCUCAGGUGGAAGACUCUCAGACGGAGGACUCGGACACGGGCGACUCUCAGCACCAGAAGGCCGAGCAGGUGGACUACUUCAAGCUGGCCUAUGCGUCAACCAACGUCCAGAUGGCGCGGCAGGGCCAGGCGCUCCUCAAGCAGAAUGACUUCUACGGCACCGGCCUCUGCAUCCGCUCCUGCGUCAGCCACACCAAGACGGGUGAGCGGGGCAGCAAGGGAGCAGGUGGCGGUGAACGGCUGAUGCUGAAGGGGCUGCAGAGAGCAAGGAGCAAGGAGAGGAGAGAGCAGUGUGGCACCAGUUCCUCCCCGUUCACGGAGGAGGAGUCUGACGUCUCUAGUCUUCCCAACCACUGCCAGGCUGCCGACCCCCUCAGCUCCAGCGACAGCGAGUGCCCCCCGUGUGAGUGUGGGGGCAAGGCGGCCGUGUCUUCCCCCGGUGGUGCCAGUGAUAACCCAAAUAGUUGUAGUAGGUGUAAGAACCUUUCCAUGGAGGGUGAUACUUGUCUCUCCCCUGACUUGCUUUCAGUGCUAGGUAGUGUGAGGGUGGAGGUGUCGGGGCUGGGGAGGGAGCAGCUCAGUGAAUCACAGGUGACGGACGGGGAGCCGCAGCUGCUGUCCGUAAACACUGACCCCCAGGACGCUGCUCAGGCCGAGGAGCUUGUGGUGAAGGCCAAUAGUGUGUUGUGUCACAGUGAGCUUGACCUCCACCCCGGUCAGGUCGGGGACGGGAGCUUCCUGCUGAGGACUCGUGUGGUGGAUGGGAUCAUCACCACCACGUGUGUUGAGGCCAUGGCCAAGGAGGCAGCUGGGACUAGCCUGGUGCCGUGUGUGUCUGACUCGAGUUCGUGUAAUGUUCCUGCAGCGUGCUCUUCCCAGGGCGAGGUGACGAGUGUGUCCGUGCCGUGCCUGAGUCUCAACCAGAAGGGCUUGAUGUCCGCAGGUAGCAAGCCCACUUUUUACAUUGAGAACUCAGUGUCCAAGGCGCAGGUGAAAGCAAUAACGGAACACCUUCAGUCCCAGCGCCCGGGGUCCAAGUUUUCCUCUGAACUCAGCACUGCCGAGAGCGCAGAACUGAAAUCAAUCUGGUACCAAAGCUUUUGCGGGAAAAACAGUGACAAUAAUUUAAGUGCAUUGACAGUGAUGAUGGAGAUGAACGAGUGUAACUUAGGGAGAGGGUUGAGCUACGUCAGGCCCAGCAACUCCGAGAAGUCCAGCUCCGUCAUCCUGAAGAACAUCUGCGCCGAGGCCGUGAACGACAGCGCUGCCCAGCACAGGAACUCCACCAAGAAGCUCAAAGGCUCAGACGACGAGAACGUGAAAUGCCUCUGGUUCUGGGGCUUCGACAGCAGUGCGGAGGGGAAGGAGAAGGCGGCGGCGGCGGCAGAGGCGGAGGCUGUGGAGGUGGUGGAGAGCACACCCGAGGAAGACGUGGCGGCUGAGGAUGAUGAGUGUCACCCGGUAAGAAGGGUCACGCGGAGCCGCACAAGAGCCUCCUGCGACACUGCCAACCAAGCGCCGCCGGAGGAAGAGGGAUUCAAGUGCCACUGUAGCGGAAGCAACCCCGAGCUGUGCCGGAUAGCCAGUCUGAGGCCGUCGCGGGGGAAGUGCGACGAGGACAUCCAGCGCGCGAGGGACAUCAUCCGACGGCGACGAACCUGCAACUACCGCCGCUACGAACCCGUGUUUGAGAAGAAGCUCGUCAGCCUCACCUACGAGAGAACCAGAGCCAAACGCAAGUCCAAGUUCGACGCACCACCCGUGACGCCAUUAGUACCUAUGGCGACCCACGAGGAGGAGGAGGAGGAGGAGGACCAUGAAGGGGAGACCAAGGAGGAGGAGCAGAAGGUCAGUGAUGGAGAGGAGUGCAGGGAAAGGGACGAAAAGGGAGAGAGAAAGUUCAGUCCCGGAUGGUACGGAAAAGGGCUGAGAAAGGGCAUGAAGAAGAAGACGAGAGUGUGAGGUGACGGCACUUGAGUCUGGUAUCCCCUUGUCUUCUCAUUAUUUAUUGUUUUUUAUCCGGAAAUUCUUGUUUUGAGGCUUAAUAGGCAUUGAAGAUGAACUAGGCUACCUUUUUUUAUAUUUUUCAGAGCUGUUUAUAGAAUGUGACUGUAAAGGACUAGUGUGUGUGUGUAAGAGAGAGAGAGAGAGAGAUGUUUCUAUUCAUAAACUUUUCUAUUUAUAAACUUUUUCUUAGGCAGGUUUUCCUUACUUUACUUCUUUGCUUUACUUUACUUCAGAGCUGUUUAUAGAAUGUGACUGUAAAGGACUAGUGUGUGUGGAUGUGUGUGAGAGAGAGAGAGAGAUGUUUCUAUUCAUAAACUUUUCUAUUUACAACCGUUUUCUUAUGCAGGUUUUCUUUACUUUAUUUCUUUGCUUUACUUUACUUCUUUACUUUAUUUUUCUUUACUUCUACUACUUGUACUUCAUUCAAAUCCUAGUUUUCCUGUCAUACCUUCAAACUCAGUCUCUACUCCUUGCCGGCAUGCAUGAAGACCAUUAUAUAGACAGUGUUACAGCGCAGGAACACUACAUGGUGCACAGCGUUAUAUACAUUAAACCAACAGCAACAUGACCAUUCACUUAUGUCACCCUGUUCGUCCAGCGCAGCUUCAUGUCAGCAUUGCCACCGUUGCCAGAUUGUCGUACUCAGAGCAUAGUAUUUACCGGUUUCUGACGCCUGACUAUUGCCAAGAAACAUCAGGAAUUAACUAUUUUAACGAUAAUUAGAAGUGAAUCUCCUUAUUGGGGUCAACGAGACAGUUUUUGGGUCGGAAGUUGGUAAAUAUAAGAGGCUGAGUAAGACAGUCUGGCAAUGUUACUCCAAGCAUCGUAUUUUUCAGUUUCUGGCCUCACGAUUAAUGCGAGAAAAUAGAAACACAUGAGUAAUUAACCAUUUCGACGGUAACUAUUAAUGAAUCUAGCUAUUGGAGUAGAAGAGACAAAGGGUAAAGGUAAUAGGGUGACGACCAGCGUUGCCAAAUUGUCGUACACACCCUAUUGCAUUUUCGUAGUUUCUGACUGAUAUCUAUAGCAAAAAUAAACAAACAAACAUCAAUGAAUAACAGUUUUAACGCUAACUUUAAUAUUCUUUCGUUAUUUGUGUAGGUACGAGAGUUUGAGGCUUAAGAAUGAUAAAUACAAUGUGGUGAAUACGAUGAUCUGGCAACGCUGGUGAGGACGGCAGUGUGGCAAUGCUGCUUCACGUUCCCACCAGGCUCUCGGAAACGUCAUGUUGUCGUGUACCUGAAAAGUGAAAAUUUACGUCAGUGUCAUGUUGGGAUGUAUAUUACCUAUUCAAUACUGUUAUUCUUCUUAUUUUCGUUAUCAUCAUCAGCAUCCUUUCUGUAUGAGUUGCCUGUGAAGAAGUGUAAGGACGUAAGAGGGACACAGCACAGCACAGAAGUGGCCUCAAAUAGAAGUUUUAUUUAUUUUAUUUACUUAUUUUUUUAGACACCAAUGACUGAGGGAAAAGGUAGAUUAUCAAUGGUUUCUUAUUUUUGUUAUCAUCAUCAGCAUCCUUUCUGUAUGAGUAUUAAGACGCCUCUCCACCCGAAAUUGACCUCUCUUUUGGCUACUCCUUACUUUUAUCUCUUAUAGGAGCGGCGAGUAGCUUUUUUUUUUCUUUUUUUCCUUGAGCCGUGUCCUCUGAUGUAAAAAAAAAAAAAAAAGAGAGUUGCCUGUGAGGGAGUGUAAGGACGUAAGGGAGAUGAAACAGACGAAAGUGGGCUCAAAUAGAAGUUUUUUUACUUACUUACUUAUUUUUAUUUAUUUGUUAAUUUUAUUUUAUUAGACACCAAUGACUGAGGGAAAAGGUAGAUUAUCAAUGGUAGCUGCAGGGAAGGAAGGAGAUUAUUUAAGUCAUCAGAAGAGCUUUUAGGUUAUGUUAAUUCUGGAUCUUGUAACUUUCUGCUCCGACCUCCUCCAGUGAAGAAGCCCAGCUGUGAAAAUGUAGAGUAUCAAUGGUUGCUGCAGGGAAGAAAGGAAGUCAUUUAACCCAGUAGAAGCGGGGAUCACGUUUCUUAAUGGUCCCUCUAAGCGAGAAAAAUGAGAAAAAAAUCAUCACUCACACAAACCAUUUCAAAAUAUCUAUCAAAGCAUUUGUGAUCAGUUUAUGCAUCAUCUAUUUUUGGGGGUUUAUAUCAUGGCAAAAAUUUGGCCCGUCGCUGGUACACGAUAAAGCCACAAAUUUGACCCGUUGCUGCUACCGGGUUAAGUCAUCAGAAGAGCCUUUAGUAUGUGUUAAUUUUAGAUCAUCUGAGUAGCAUCAAGUCGGUUCUUUAUUACACAAAACAAAGGAGAUCAUUUAAGUUAUCAGAAGAGCCUUUAGUUUAUGUUAAGUAGUGUCCAGUUGGUUCUUUAACACACAAAACGAAGGAGAUCAUUUCAGUAAUCAGAGGAGCCUUUAGUUUGUUAAUUCUAAUUCUCUUGAGUAGGAUUGAGUCAUUUAUUUAUCACACAAAGAGAGACGGAUUCUAGCUUCUAUCUGUCUCCCGGGCCUCAAAAUUAGGUUAAUGUAAAAUCCCUAUCACAUAUAUUAACCUGGUAGCAGCGACGGGCCAAAUUUGUGGCAUUACCGUGUACCAGCGAUGGUCCAAAUUUUUGCCAUGAUAUAAACCCCCCAAAAUAGAUGAUGUAUAAACUGAUCACAAAUGCGUUGAUAUAUAUUAUGAAAUGGUUUGCGUGAGUGAUGAUUUUUUCUCACUUUUCUCGCUUAGAGGGGCCUUUAAGAAACAUGAUCCCCGCAGCUACCGGGUUAAUUCUGGAUCCUUGAGUAGCUUCGAGUCAUUAAUUUAUCACACAAAGGAAGGCAGAUUCUAGCCUCUAUCUGUCUCCUGAGCGGCAUGUUUUGUUUACUCUGAAAAGCCUGUCACUUAUACGUUCAUCUGGGAAUUCCGAGUAGCAUAGACAACGCUCCAUUCAGGGGUUAUAUUCUUAAACAUUUCAGCAACCAAGCACAUGCACACAUUUGACAAGGCUUUCAUAGGAGUUGUAGGCAUUUCCAGGGGUAGUUUUCUGACCCUGGUGGUAGUCUGACCCUUCUUCUGUACCGUGAACCUAAAAACACACUCAUUAGAACCCGACUAUAGCCAUUUAAUUAUUACACGAAAAGGUAGAUUCUAGCCUCUCUCUGUCUUCUGAGCUGCACAUUUUGGUUACUCUGAGAAGCCUGUCACUUUCACAUUCAUCUGGGAAUUCUGAGUAGCACGUAGGCAUUUAAUUAUUACACAAAAAAGGCAGAUUCUAGCCUCUCUCUGUCUGCUAAGGUUAAUCUGAAAAGCCUAUCGCAUAUAUUAAUUUUAGAUAUCUGUUCAGUAUUUAGUCAGUCAUCUACACACAAAAGAAGGGGAAUUAUGGGCUCUGUUUGUCGUUUGAGGCUUGUGUUCAGUAGUCAUAUCAUAGCUGGUAGUGUAAGACUCCGUGAGGUAGAGUAGCAUAGGUGUACAGCCGCCCUCGGACUGGCAGUGGUUUUAGUCUGGAGAGGAGUAGAAAAGCACUAAGGAUAAGGUAUGAUCGCCAGUUUGUACGCACGGUUCCAUUUAUUACUCGCCAGGAAAAAGAAUGCUGGAAAAAAAAUUGCAGUGUAAAAAUGAAACUCGUCAAAAGCGUUCUUCAUUUUAGCAAUACUUCGUUAUUUUACCUCAUGCCAUUUUUCAGAGAGUAGAUUUUUCCUGGUCAAUAUGCUACAGUGGACCCUCCAUUUAGCGCAUUUUCCCUUAACCCGGUAGCAGCGACGGGCCAAAUUUGUGGCUUUAUCGUGUAGCAGCGACGGGCCAGAUUUGUGCCAUGAUAUAAACCCCCCAAAAUAGAUGAUACAUAAACUGAUCACAAAUGCUUUGAUAUAUUUUAUGAAAUGGUUUGUGUGAGUGAUGAUUUUUUUCUCAUUUUUCUCGCCUAGAGGGGCCUUUAAGAAACAUGAUCCCCGCUGCUACCGGGUUAAAGAUUUCCUUAUAAUGCUUCCUUGAGCUGACUCCUUCACACACACACACACAGGUUUGGAACAGACUAAGUGAGGAAGUAGUAUCGGUGAAGAGUGUGCAUAACUUUAAGGAAAAACUGGAUAAAUACAGAUAUGGAGACGGGGCCACACGAGCAUAAGCCCAGGUAAAUACAACUAGGUAAAUACACACACACAAAAACAAAAAAAGUCAUACCAGUCCCAUCAUUGAAAUAACACCUCCAUUAUGCUUCAAUUUCUUUGGUAUCUCUUGUGUUAAAUAGAGGGCCUACUGUAGUAAUUGGAAUGGCGUAAUUGGUAUCCUUCAAUGUAGUCUUUCUGUGGGUUUAUGUCCAUUGCAAGAGUCUAUGGGAGAGUUUAUUGAUUUACGAAGUGCUCAAGGCGUGCGGCACUUCUUCUCCUGGCAUUGUAGCUCUUAAGUAGGUUACUCGAUUCCUCAAUUCGAUCACUGCCUAUUUAUUGUUAGGUGUUGCUUCGCCUCCAGUGAGCGAUGGCACUCAGGAACCCUUACCUCGUAAAUGCGAUUCUUGGAGCACCGAACUCCAUGGGGAUGGGGGGGAGGAAGGUGUGGUGGGGGUGUUGGGGAGGGGUGAUAGAGGCGCUGUGUGUGGGGUGGGGGUGGAUCUCUAGGUAUAAAUGUAUGUAUGUAUGUAUGAGAGAGAGAGUGAGUGUGUUUCGGCUAGUGUUAGAGUUAAAUUGUUGAGUACUUUUAAAUCAUAUGUAGUCAAGCUGCUGGAAGUUUCACCUCACUCCAAAAACUAGCAUUGUAGUGUUUGUGGUGAAGGCAGCGAGGCUCCAGAGGUCUUAUUCCACUGCCCUGUGUCUAGCGUGUUAAGGCAUUUCUCUGGAGGGAUCGGCAAGGGCCAUCAUGUUCCUAAACGCAGCCAAACACCGAGGGUUCAGCCACACAAACCGUAUAUCCUCCGCCGUGUGAUACAUAGUGAAAUAGGUGUCGUUUUCUCAUGUGUGGAUUCUGAAUAGGGUGUUUUUGCUAGCUUGCACACAGCGAUUCAGUAGUACACAUCAGAAAAGAGAAAGCUGCUGAGGAAGAUUAACAUGGCUUAUAAAAAUGAACUGUUGUCAAAGGAAAGAGUGACUAACAUUCUUUACUUCGAUCAUGUUUAAGUCAACUUGAUUUUCCAGAGCAGUUUUUUUCCUGAUGUAAGUGCUGGUAUAAAUAUGUGCAUGUACUGGCAAACACACCCUACCUAUAGCAGUAUUUUCUCAUCAGUGGUAAUUGAGUUAGUCAUUGCAUCAUUUGGACCUGUGGGUGACCUAGUUUGCUCUGCUCAUGUAAUAUAUAAAAUCAAAUUCUCAGCCCUCGUAUGAUAAUGCUGCGAAGUUGUUUCCAAUCUUAAUGUACGUAGUGUGAGUGGACUGUCUGUGGGCUGUGCAGUGUGGUGUUGGGCUAACCAGGCGGCACGUGUCUUGGGGGUCUGUGUGUAGCUGUGAGGGAUUGCAGGAAGGGACUCUGCCCGCCACCUGCUCUCCACGGCCCCCGCAAUACAUGUACAGUGCGUUGGAGGGUCACUGGAGGGUUCUUUUGGGUCCGCCUCAGAUUCUCUCAUGUGUUACUCAAUUUGCAUCAUGAAUAACUCAUCUCCAAGUAUUAGGUUGAACGCUGGCUGCAUCAGGAGGUUCGGUAGUGAUUCUAUGCAGGUACAGUUUUCACUCGAGUCAUAUUCCAUAUUCAUAGUUUGUGUUUGUUUUGUCCCAUUUUGAUAAUAAUUUAUUACGUUGUUUUAAGUCUGUAUUUAUGCAUCACACACACUCACACAUAACAUUACUAUUGUAUGAUUUUUUUGUUUUUGUAAGAUGUCUUAGGUUAAGUUUGGAAGUGUUCUCAUUUUGUACUAGACUACUGUAUGUGUAUACUGUGUGAUGCUUUAUUUGUGAGGAACAGGUUCAUUUAUUGUUUACGUAAUUCAGUUGUGUGAUUGUGCUCUUCUGCACCUUUCCUGCACCCGUUGUGGCAGUGUGACCCGGCCAGGUGCCACGGCUCUCCCGGCAGUGAUAGUUCAGUAUGUAUUUUGUACGUGGAUCAAGGACCUUGGUGACCCAAUGACAGAGUGACAACACUUCAUGGAAAAAAACUUUUUAUUUUGUCUAAUUUAAAAAAAAAAUUAUACCGUACCUAUUAUUUUUUACCCAAGUAAAUUAUUUCUGAUGCCUUUAUUCAUGUAGUGUUAGGAAUUUUGUAAUGACAGUUUGUCAUUUGUCAUUCAGAGAUGUAUAUUUCUUAUAUAUACUGAUACGCUGGUAGUGUAGAAAGUGUGCAUUAGCUCCUGAAUUUUAUAAACUGCACAAAACUUGUUCUAAAAAAAUAAUCUUUACAUUGAUGCUGUCUCUAAGGACUUAUUGGCUGUUUAGAAAUUCUGUAGUCUAGGUGAAGCCUUUCAGAUACUUGCCUCAUAGACUCGUGCAGAUUCUUACAAGAAAAUGACAUUCCAUUUGCAUAUCAACAGUAGUGCCCACUACUUGUUGAAAUGCUUUCAGGGUUUCUUCACAUGAGUGUUUUUUUCUGUAUGGGAAAACUAUAUAAUUAGAAACCAAUUAGAUUCAAGAUGGCCCUGUGGCAGAAGUUUAUUUGCCACACAGCUCCAAACUGCCCGGCGCCAAGCACUGGAAUAUUCCAGGCAUCCGUGGAGCACUUAGAGAUAUUUAUUCCUGUUUGGCAGUCACAGUUUGUCUGCUUUCCAUAUCUGGCCACACACCUAACUCAGAACAUCAACAUGAGUGAGUAUUGUCCAACAAACAAUUGUGUGAAAGCACAGUGUAUGAAUAAUGAAAAAAACAUUACAAGGAAAGAACGCUCGUGUGAAGCCAUGCCUUCUUGACACUGCUGCUUGACAAAACUGCCGUACAGUGAAAAGAACACUCGUAUGAAAUGAGCCUGAGGUAACGCAUGCUACAGAGAAAGUAAAGGACAAACUGAAGUGACUCAAAACAUGGUGUGUGACUUCAACACUGCGUCUCUAGCUCCUGCGACAGUGUUAAAGUUGGUGAUGCAGCUGAAUGCCUACUUUUUGCUGUUGCAGGAAAAUGAGUGACAAGUUUCUUUAGGUCUGGUUUUUCCUAUUUGUAUGGAUCAAUAAUUAUGGAGGUGUACACAGGAAAAAAUAUUUGAUACCUUGAAAAUGGUGAGAGUGAAGUCAAUAUAUUUUUGGACGUGGGUCUCGUAAGGAAGCCUAAUGUAGACAUAGUAAAGCAGUGAGGACUUGCCGUGCUGUGUUCCAAGUUGCUGCUGGAGUGACGGUUGAUAAAUGUGUAUAAUGGUUUGCCUGUAUCAUAGUACCGUGUAACUGGUCCUGGACUGUCACUUGAAGGUAAUGAUUUUUCAGCACUCCCCUGUAAAACAUUUGUAUACUCUCUUCUUGAUUCCUGUCUGGUUCUCCAAGGUGUAUGUACUAUUUAUGUUGCUUAUUUAUACAUGUAUUUAUAUGAUUCCCUAAAACACAGACACACAGGUUAGUGUUGCAGCCCAGCGUGUGACCUGCCGAGGGUGUUGGCCAGUGUUGCGUGUCGUCCGUCACACAGUCUUGGAGUGAGGCGCUGCAUCCCACUUGAAGCAUAAUUAAGAAAAUUUUCUAUUUUUGUAUAUUUGCUUCCUGGUCUGACUAAAAUGCUCAUGUAUAUAAUACUUUCUGCCAAUAAUAAGGGUUUAUGUGAUGUAC